GAAAAACCACAUGUAGUGUCUGAGCCUUCACGGCCACCGUAAUGGAGAGGCGUACCCGACCCGGGCAAGGAAGCAAUUAACAACAUGCUUUUGUAACGCACAGAGAGAGAGAGAAACUAUUUUCAAAGUUAAAGUUUAGGUUUUUUUUGGCGGGAGUUGGUGACACUUUUGAAUAAAUAAAACAUGGGUUGGUUUUUUCUUUCCUCUUCUUUUUGUAGAAAAUCUUUUUUGCAAAACGUUUGUUUUGCAGGCAGAAGUGUGACCAAAAGUGUCAAUACGAUCUUCUGCACUGCAAGCAAACCUAGUACCAGGGAAAGCGUGUCGCAGUGUUUUUACGCCUUGCAGCGAGUUACUAGGCGUGAAAUAAUUGACCAAAACUGCUUUGCAUCGGCUGCAAGAAGAUUUUUCACACAAAACCACGUUUCAGGUUUAAUAUCAUUCACAACACGGGUUACAAAUUGCAGUAGCACCGCGCCUACCAGUACUAGCAUAAAUGCAUGUCGCUGGAGGUCUUUAUUAUCAAACCGAGGCGCUGUUUUGAAGAAAGCCAACAACGGCGUUUCUCUUAACAACGCUUUGAGCAGUUGUAUUGUUACUCGCUUGGGUUCGUGCAUCGGCAGGACUCGCUUUCACUCGGGCGCGGUCGGGAGAGCGGUUUCCACGGCCGUGUCGAAGGACGUCGUGCUGUUCGAGCACGACAAGAGAACGUUUUUCCGGUUGCUGGGGUUCUUCUGCGCGGGGCAGUUUCUGUUCUGGAUCUCCCUGGCGCAUUUUGCCUUCACCAGCCUGAAGGACACCGGUUACCGGGAGACGGUGAUCACGGACGACGCCGGGAAGAAUCUGCCCAAACUCGGGGGCGUGUCGCUCAAUCUGGGGUCGAGCAAAUGGAGAUACGGCUUCACCGUGUCGUGCCUGACAGUGGGCACUGUGAUCCUGGUCGCUGGCUCUGCCUUUGCUCGCCGGUCAGUCAGCAGGGUCCUGUUACACCGUGGAGGUCAGGAGGUCACCUUCACCACCUACUACCCCUUCGGAGGCACGUCCAGCUUCAGCGCCCCCCUGCGCCACGUGUCCUGCGUGGCCCACCGCGCCGAGGUGCCCUCCAUGAUCCCCAUCCGGGUCAAGGGUCACGCCCUCUACUUCCUGCUCGAUAAGCAGGGCCGGUUCCACAACCCCAGGCUCUUUGACGUCACUGUGGGGGCCUACAGGAAGCUCUGAGGAGCCAAAUACACACGUGUGUUUUGUUUUUAAUGAAGCCCAGGUUGGGUUUACAAUGCUUUCUAACCUGUGUGGAUGACUUCCUAUACAGGGGGUUAGAAACUCACACUAGCCCUGCUGCUGCUGCUGCUGCACCCAGUCCUGGGGUUCAGAGCUCCCCUCAGUGAAGUCUAGUAUUAUUAUUAUUAAUAUUGAAAUGAUCAGGAGCCAGGAGUUUGAGCAGGGUUAGAAACUCACACUAGCCCUGCUGCUGCUGCUGCUGCACCCAGUCCUGGGGUUCAGAGCUCCCCUCAAUGAAGUCUAGUAUUAUUAUUAUUAAUAUUGAAAUGAUCAGGAGCUGGGAGUUUGAGCAGGGUUAGAAACUCACACUAGCCCUGCUGCUGCUGCACCCAGUCCUGGGGUUCAGAGCUCCCCUCAAUGAAGACUAGUAUUAUUAUUAUUAUUAUUAUUAUUAUUAUUAAUAUUGAAAUGAUCAGGAGCCAGGAGUUUGACGUUGGACAUUAUUUCACUGUGCUUGCUUGGGUGUACAGGUGCGCUUGAGCUCGUAAUGAGGUUCUGGGUUGUUAAAAAAAAUUUAAUUAAAAUACAGAUACAAACAA